CGAUGUGGACCUUUCUGGGCAUCGCCUCCUUCAUCUACGUGUACAAAAAGUGUGGAGACCUCAUGACUUACGCUAAUAAGGAGGUGCUGCUCUCCGUGUUGGUGUUUUUCUCCCUCGGCUUGCUGCUAUCGUACAGGUACCACUUCAGGGGGCCCAAGCAGCAGCAGCAGCGGAAGACCCACCUGGGGAUGCUCUCUGAUGUUCUCUCAGCUUUACCGCUUGUUGGCUUCUUCUGGGCCAAACCCACCUCAGGAUCUCAACAAGUGGAACAACCCAAAUCCAGAAAAGGUAAAAGAGAAGUAAACCUCUCGGAUGUAUAUCUGACAGAGACUGCUACAAAUGCAACAUUAUUACCCCAAUACGAUCCAGAAAUUAUCAUUGUGGGAUCGGGCGUCCUUGGUUCUUCCUUGGCCACAGCACUCUCAAGGGAUGGAAGAAAGGUGACUGUGAUAGAGAGGGAUCUGAAAGAACCUGACAGGAUAGUUGGUGAAUUGUUGCAACCUGGAGGUUUUAAUGCACUUAAAGACUUGGGUCUUGAAGAUACAGUAGAAGGUAUUGAUUCACAAAUAGUAAAUGGUUACAUAAUUCAUGACAUAGAGAGCAAGUCGGAGGUUGAAAUUCCUUAUCCAAGAUCUGGAGAUGGCCGUGUGGCGAGUGGAAGAUCUUUUCAUCAUGGCCAGUUCAUCAUGGGUCUCCGAAGGGCAGCUAUGGCAGAACCCAAUGCAAAAUUCAUUGAGGGGACUGUGUUACAAUUGCUUGAGGAAGAUGACUGUGUCGUGGGUGUUCAGUACAAGGACAAAGAAACUGGAGACACUAAGGAACUUCAUGCAGCACUUACUGUUGUAGCUGAUGGACUUUUCUCCAAGUUUAGAAAAAACUUGGUCUCCAACAAAGUUACUGUUUCAUCCCAUUUUGUUGGUUGCAUUUUGAAGGAUGCACCACAGUUUAAAGCUGAUUAUGCUGAACUUGUUUUAGCUAAAACUAGUCCAGUGCUGAUCUAUCGGAUUUCUUCAACUGAGACUCGGGUCCUUGUUGAUAUUCGAGGGGAAAUGCCAAAAAAUUUAAAACAAUACAUGAUUGACAACAUUCAUCCACAGCUACCUGAUCAUUUAAAGGAACCAUUCCUAAUAGCAGUUCAGAAUGAUCGUUUAAGGACUAUGCCAGCCAGCUUCUUGCCUCCUUCAGCUGUUAACAAAAAAGGUGUUCUUCUUUUAGGAGAUGCAUAUAAUAUAAGACACCCUUUAACUGGUGGAGGAAUGAGUGUUGUUUUAAAUGAUGUUAAAAUAUGGAGAAGGUUGUUCCAGGAUAUUCCAGACCUUUAUGAAGAUUCUGAUAUUCUUAAGGCAAAAAGAACAUUUUACUGGGCAAGAAAAAAAUCUCAUUCUUUUGUAGUGAAUGUUCUUGCCCAGGCACUUUAUGAACUCUUUUCUGGCACAGAUGAUUCCUUGCAUCAGCUAAAGAAAGCCUGUUUCCAUUACUUCAGACUUGGUGGAGAAUGUGUCUCGGGUCCCGUUGGAUUGCUGUCUGUGUUAUCUCCUAAACCAAUGGUACUGAUUGGCCACUUCUUUGCUGUGGCAUUAUACGCUGUUUAUUUCUGCUUUAAGUCAGAGUCCUGGAUCACCAUGCCUCGAGCGUUUUUCAGUAGUGGAGCUAUUCUUUACCGGAGCUGUUCUGUAAUAUUUCCACUUAUUUACUCUGAAAUGAAGUAUUUAGUCUAUUAAAAUCCAGGGGAAAAUGACUGGAGGAAGAAAACACAAAAAUCACGAGGCCUUCAAAAUCUUUGGACAUGUGCUAUUUAAUAUUGUGUUAUGUUUUCUUCUCUUCAAAAUGCAAUUUCCUUGAUAAGGAUUUGACUUAAUUUUGGUUUUGUGGUUAUAUACAUGUAUAUUAUAUGUAAAUACUCUUUUCUUUGCAAUUAAAGUUCAAAAAAUGAGUUAGCUGUUUACAAGGACCGUAAUGAAGUGUUGACAUGUGGUAGGUAAUUGCCAGUUUUGUCAGAAUUUCAUUCCUUGCUUUAUCCAUUGCCGACUGCACCACUAAUAUUAAUAAACUGAGAAGUGAAAACUGUAAACCAUAUGCUGCUAUUCUCUUU